AUGACAAUUCCAAACAUGUACCCAAAACAAGGCAAUAUUUUAGAAUUGCCAUCUCAAUUCCAAGAUAAUUAUCGUCGUCGUCGUCGCCAUCAAUAUUCCACGCCGUACUCGCCCUACAGCUCAUCAUCAAUUCAAAACAAUUUCCCUAGCCAUGAAAUAAUCGAACGCAUAAUAAACUCAAACAUCCCAACAUAUACACGAAUUACGAUCCAACGUAUGUUAAGCAUUGACAUACACGAAUUGAUAAAGCCAGCCAACAAAAGUAGGAAAAAGAUACCGAGAGCUGUAAACCCUUUCGUAAUCUUUAGAAGGAAUCUAAACGCGAAAAGGGCAAACGAAAGAGGGCCUGAUGAAUCUCCAAAAUUACCACUUGUCUCUAAUGAAGCAGGCAUUCUCUGGAGAAAUUGCUCUGAGUUUGAAAAACAUCUUUAUGAAUCAUUAGCAACUUGUGCUAAAGAGGUUCACAGAAUCAUGUACCCCGGAUACUCUUAUAAACCCAACAGAAAACCAAAAGGUCAAAAUCAAA